AUGGCUUGUAUCCAUCAGUUCUUUUUCGAGGAAGAAGCAGAGGGAAAUGGCAGCUUCAUGACCCCAAGAGGCUUUGGGCGAAGGACAAUGUUUGCAUAUUUUUGUUUUUUUCCUCCUAUUGGUGAUUUGAGAAUUUCAGUGAACUUUUUGCAAAAUGGGUUCUCUGCUUUUUCCAGUUUCUUCUCCUCUGCAAGUGCUGCUGCUGAUGUGAGCCCUCCUCAAGAUGGUCGAAAAGAGAAGACUUUCACUGUCUCAUACCUCGUUGAGUCACUGGGUUUCACUGGAAAACUCGCAGAAUCGAUCUCAAGGAAAGCCAGCUCCGAGGGCAAGGGAGAUUCAGAUUCUGUUCUGAAUCUUUUGACUAGUAAUGGGCUCACGGAUUCUCAGAUCUCUGACAUCGUUAGAGCUUACCCACGAUUGUUCAUAUUGGAUGCUGAGAAAUUACUUGCUCCAAAGCUUCAGUUUUUACAGUCCAGAGGAGCUUCGACCUUUGAGCUCACUGAGAUCCUUUCAAAAUUUCCUCAUAUCUUGGGAAUGAGAUGGCAGAAAGCUAUCAGCAGAUACUAUGAUUUCAUCAAAGAGAUUGUAGAAGCGGAUAAGAGUUCCAAGUUCGAAAAGUUAUCUCAUUCUUUGCCACAGGGUAGUCAGCAGGAGAAUAUCAUCAGAAAUGUAUUGGCUUUGAGAGAAAUUGGUGUGCCUCAGAAGCUGUUGUUCUCUUUGCUCGUCUCUAGUUUCCAGACUGUAUCUGGAAAAGAAAGAUUUGAAGAAUCGCUCAAGAAGUUUGUUGGGUUGGGUUUUGAUCCUACCACGCCAAAGUUUGUCCAAGCUCUGCGUGUUGUUUAUCAAAUGAGCGAGAAGACGAUAGAAGAAAAACUCCAAGUCCAUGAAAGGUUAGGCUUUGCUGUGGGAGAUGUAUGGGAAAUUUUCAAGAAGAAUCCAUCCUUUCUGGCACUCUCUGAGAAGAAUAUAUUGAACUCCAUGGAAACAUUUCUAAGCCUAGGAUUCACCAGAGAUGAGUUCACGAUGAUGGUCAAGCGCUAUCCUCCCUGCAUCGGAUUAUCCGCAGAGACUGUGAAGAAGAAGACUGAGUUUGUGGUGGAGAAGAUGAAUUGGUCACUAAAGGCACUGGUUUUGUUUCCUCCGGUAUUUGGAUACAGCUUGGAGAAGAGGAUUGUCCCAAGGUGUAACGUGAUCAAAGCUCUCAUGUCCAAAGGGUUGCUCGGAAGUAAGCUCCCUCCAUUGCCGUCUGUGUUGGCGAUUACCAAUGAAGCCUUCGUUCUCAAGUAUGUGAAGAAACAUGAUGACAAAGAGCUGGUGCUUGAGCUUUUGGCUAUCUUCACAAGAGGUCGUGUUUCAUAGAUCACAAUGCUUGUCAAGGAUUUUGCUUUUCUUUAUGAAAUGAAAAACCUCAAUACUAGACUUUUGUAGUCUCAAUUUGAUCUGAACCGUUUUUCUCUAUAUCCUUA